AUGGUUCAGAAAAACCUGGAGGAGAGCCGCAUGAUUUUGGACGCUUUUGCUCAGCAGUGCAGCCGGGUUCUUAGUCUUUUAAAUUGUGGAGGAAAACUUCUGGACAACAAUCGCACUCAGCCACUGACUUCCUGUGUGAAACAAGAAAGCAUGGCUUUUAAUGAAAGACCAGAGCAAUGCCAGCUUGGGAAAAUGGUCCACAGUCAGACCUCCGACAACUUAGAUCUAGAAUUGCAGUACAUGCAUAAGAAGCAGCAGACCUCAGCUUUUCUGAGGGUAUUUACUGAUUCUCUUCAAAACUAUUUGCUUUCUGGAAGCUUUUCCUCUCAGAAUGCUUCCUCAGCUAGUGAUUUUGGCCAUUUGGCAGACAUGGACCCACUUUCCACCUCUCCAGUUCAUACUCUAGGAGGAUGGACUUCUCCAGCAACUUCUGAGUCCCACGGCCACCCAUCUUCUUCUACACUUCCGGAGGAGGAAGAGGAGGAGGAAGAAGGCUACUGUCCUCGUUGCCAAGAGUUGGAGCAGGAGGUUAUUUCAUUGCAACAAGAAAAUGAAGAACUCCGAAGAAAAUUGGAGAGCAUUCCAGUGCCCUGCCAAACUGUUCUAGAUUACUUGAAGACGGUCCUUCAGCAUCAUAAUCAGCUGAUGAUUCCGCAGACAGUGGAGCAGCCAGCAGAGGGGAGCAAGCAGUUGCUGAACAAUUACCCCGUCUUCAUCACUAGCAAACAGUGGGACGAGGCCGUCAACUCUUCCAAGAAAGAUGGACGACGGCUCCUUCGGUACCUCAUCAGAUUUGUCUUCACAACCGAUGAGCUUAAGUACUCGUGCGGCCUUGGAAAAAGAAAAAGGUCAGUGCAGUCAGGAGACACUGGUCCUGAAAGACGCCCUCUGGAUCCAGUGAAAGUAACAUGUCUCAGAGAAUUCAUUAGGAUGCACUGUACCACUAAUCCAGACUGGUGGAUGCCUUCCGAAGAACAGAUCAACAAGGUGUUCAGUGAUGCUGUGGGACACGCUCGGCAAGGGCGGGCAGUGGGGACUUUCCUCCACAACGGGAACUCGUACUAUGACGGGAUUGAUCCACAUAGUUCGCACGAUGACCUCUUCAGUAGAGGUAUCCAUGAUGGCUCUGGAGACUGA